UUUUGUUUUUAUAUAUCUUUUUUUGUCACAUUCUUCAUUUAAAAAAAUUUAUACAUUAAUAGAAACAAAAAGAAUAGUAAAAAAAAAUGGGCGUGGCAGAGACAAACAGUAGCAGUAGCAGCAGCAGCAAACAUGAUGCCAAACGCAAGCGAUCCACAGAAGGCAAAAACAAGGAUCAGUCUUCUAAGAAAAAAGCCGAGGAUUCAGCAACAAAGCGGGCCAAAUCAAUCGAAGAAGCAGAUGCAGUCAGUGCUGAGCAGGUGCGGGUAACCAGCGCAAAAGAGGAGUUUGAGAAGGAUAUGCAGAUAUCGUUCAAGCAUUCGGAGGAUAUUGAACAGGCACUGGACACGAGAAACAGUGAUUUGCUGAUUCAAGGGUUUACGCAUUUGCGGGAGCACUUGAAGAUCUGCAACCAAUGGGGAGGCAACCGGUCGGCAGAAGAGGGCGCAGAGCAACGUGCACAUCGGGAGCAAUGCCAGCGGGUAGUCUACCAUUGGGCGGAGAACUCUGAAGGCUUCCAAGCAAUUGAAUCAGCCUGGCAACAAGCACACACCAAUUCAAUCGCACGCCUCGACGGGCUCAUCCCAGGCGUAGUCGGCGGGCUCCUGGUCUGCCUGGACAACGCCGGAACAAUGAAGUUUGGCAACCGAUUGAUCCGCAUGGUUCUCGACAAGUUCCUCAAAUCCCUCUACCGAUCUCUCAACACCGCACGAUCCACGGCGUGUGCCUCCGCCCUGCAGCUAUUGUACCAAAUGGUUGUGUUUGCGCGCGGCGAGCAUGCGGACGAGGUUAGACAUGCGUUUGACUGGACGAUGAAGAGCCUGGAGGAGCUCCCGCAUGUGCGCUCCAGCGUUGUCGGGUUUAGUAUUAGGCGGCUGUGGAUCAGAUUUGUGAUGGCGUUCUUUUCUGUCGACCGGUGUCGCACGUAUAACGAGCUCUUCAGGAGCGGCAGGCUGGUCGGUGGACUAUUCCACGGCGUUGAGCGCGACUCGUACCAGGAACUGCACACCCUUUUGGCCACGGUCUAUGAGAAUAUUGUGCUGAAUGACGGCAUUGGCAAAGCUGAAAAGGUGAGGCUGUUUGGCGUGCAGCUGAUGGGCAAUCUGGCCAAGGCUGCGAAGAACACAGUGGUGGUUGACGCUAAGGCUGUGGGCGUCGAGGCCGUGGCACAGUUUGUGCCCGGCAGUGCGCGGAGGGACGAGAGUGUGGCGGCGGCUGGGCGCGACAGUGUGGCGGCACUGGUGUUGCGGUUCUUCCGCGGCAUGAUGACGUUCCCGGGCCACGGCAUCUGCUUUCCGCAGCACGGGCUGUACCCGGCGCCGCGCCAGCAGCAGCAGCUCUGGGCGUCCAAUGAGAGCAACGACGACGGCGACGCGCUCGAGGCUGUGGUCACCGUGACCAAGCGCGCAACAUCGGCGGAGAUCAGCGACCUGUGCAACAGCCAAAUCCUGCGGAUCCUCAUAGCAUGCAUCAGCCCAGCAGCGUCGCGGCGCAUGGGCGACCUGGCAGUCGACAUCAUGCGCGUCAGCCCGGAGCUGAUUGCGCCGUUCUGGCGCAACUACGGGGCGUCGCUCGAGCCGCGGCUCUCGCUGCGGUACCUGGGCAACACGGCAUUCGCCACCAAGGUCAUGAGCCUGGAGCUGCCGCUGCCGCCGCAGGAUAGCGGAGAUGCAAGGUUUGGGCUGCCGCCGCGCGUCAGCACGCUGGCCGAGCACGUGUGGCCGCUGGCGCUGCAGCGGCAGAUGGUUGGGCGCGGGCUGCAGUUCCGCGCCUCCCCGCUGGUGCGCUACCGCUGCCUGCUGCUGGCCGACGUGGCGCUGCGCAAGCUGGGCGACGCGCGCGCGUGGAUCCGCAGCGAGGCAGCCAGGGCCGGUGCGACAGCCCCGUGGGCGCGCGGUGGGCGCAGCUGGAGCAGCGGCUGCUGGCCGUGGUCAAGCAGCGCGUGCCCGAGUGGAAGCUCGUGGUGGCCGUGCAGCGCGAAGCCAUGGGCGAGGCGGGCUGGGCGACCGCGAGGCCGAGUGCCGGCGCGCCGUGCUGGGCAACGUGCUGAUGCGCGUCAUGAGCGCGUACCAGCGGCACUUUGGCGAGCUCGUCCUGGAGUCCAACUUUGAGUUCGGGCGGCUGAUUGCCGACAUGCGGCCGGACGGCGUGCUCGCCGGGGGGCCAGUGCGGCCGGCGACAGGGAGGCGGCGCGCAGCCCAAUGGCCGCACACACGCUGCUGCAUCUGCUGCGCGCAUUGGCGGACGCUCCGGCGGCGGCCGCGCACACAAGGUGGCUGGCGCGCGCCAAGCCGGCCGACGAGCACACGCACCUGGGCGGCGUCCUGAUGGUGUUCCUGUGGGCCAGCCAGGCGGCGGUGCGCCUGGCCGCGCGCGACGUCGCCCUGGGCGUGCUGCGCCAGGCCGCCGGGCUUUUC